CGCGAAGACGCUUCCCGAGCUUCUCCUUCGUUCCUCCUCUUCCCCGCGGCUCUCCUCUGCCCCGCACCGGCACCGCUAGGGUUUUGCCGCCGACCUCUCGCUCGCUUCCGGGCUCCGCGAGGCAACCGUCCGGACCGGCCGGUCGAAAUGGUGGAUGUGGAGGAGGUCGGGAACAAGAUGCAAUCGCAGAUGCGCCUGCACGCGGAGCCGGAUGACGCCGCCGCCGACCUCCCCCUCCCGGCGCUCUUCGACAGGGCGUCGCGGCUUCACGCCCUGGCCUCCAGCUCCGCCCUCGACCAGGAUGGGAUCCGCACCGGGGUUGAGCUGCUGCGGCGCUGCGACGAGAUGGUCGGCAGGCUCGGUCUUUUCUCCCCCAACGAGACCAAGGACGACGUCUCCACCGCAAACCUCAAGUACCUACUCGUCCCAUAUUACCUUGCGGAAAUGACCGAGAAGAUGGCGCAGGAGGAUCGGAUCCCGGUUCUUAAGGCGUCGCAGGACCAUUUGAAGGAGUUCAUUGCUCUAUGCGAAGUACUAGAGCUUAUUCCAGAGGAUGAGCUAGAAUUGUCUAGGCAGAAGCAGUCUGAUACUAUGGCAAACAGAAGAGCACAGAAGGUUGCCCGGUUCAAACGUCAAAAGGCUGCAGAAACAAAGCUCCAAGAGAUCAGAGAGAGAAAAGAAAGGCGUGGACGCUCAUUGAGAGCAACUGCUUUGUCUGCCCCAGUUGAAGCUGGAGAGGAAGAUGACCUGGAGGAUGACGGGGAGGAAGAAAGGGAGGCUUGGUUAGCUACCAUCUCAUUGGCUAUCUGCAAGGCUUUUGAUCUUCUCGACAUGUUAAAGAAGGAAGAAGAAAUGCUUCUAGCUGUAAAGGAAAGGAAGGCAAAGGACGGGAAUGCAUUUGCUCGUGAAAUGCUCGACGAACGGACAAAGAAGGCUGAAGCAUGGCACCACAAAGCUGCCAGUCGUGUGGCGUAUUCCAAACCAGCCGAUCCGAUCACCUGUGCAACAUUUGCUCAGGAUGUCAUUGAAGGGAGAGCGAGCGUUUCACAGGCCCACGAGCACAAACACCAGCCCCUGAUAUUUGGACCUGCAAGCCUUGUUGGCGGCGGUCUGACCAGUGAAAGGGAAAGAAUGGCAGCGCAAGUUUUUCAGCCCAGUUACAGGAUGCCAACAAUGAGCAUAGAAGAGGCUGGCUUGCGCGAGAUGAAGAUGAUGGAGAGGUGGCAAGAGAGGACCGCCGAGAUGAUGAGAGAAGCAAACUCCGCGUGGCACAAGGGCGGCGACAGCAGCAGCAGCUCGAUGCCGCAAGGGGAGGGCGGGGACGAGGAUGCCGAGGAGGCCAAGGCACGAGCGUGGGACGACUGGAAGGACGACAACCCUCGCGGCGCUGGCAACAAGAAGCUCACGCCCUGUGGCUAGACUGCAAAUCGAAGCACGCUCGCUGUGUGAUCGUACGGUGUUUGACUCGACCAGUAUUUAGUUUGUAUCUGACGAUCAGUGUAUUUAUUAUAUAGGCUGCUUCUGUAACAGUGUGUUUAUACACCAUCCACUGCAGCUUCUUCACACAGGUGUUUCCGAAGUUAACUGGGUUAGACAAACUGUGUUGUCCAAGCAAGAGUAUCUAACAAAUAGCUACGUAACU